GUCUGUGACGUCGUACACACACUGCAAGUCGUGACGCCUAGUGGAUGAGAAACAUGUCGGGGAGGAUAGUGCACACCGGAGGAACUCUGUUAUUAUCUAAUAAAACAUAGACGUCGGACAAUAGUACGGACCGUGGGAUCUUCGCAACUGCUUUACUGCGGUAUAAUACUAGUUUCUUACGGUGGAAAUGGGCUGUUUUGAACUGAACCAGGCCCAGAUCCUCUAGUGCGCGACGUGGGAAGGCUAUACGGUUGUUUGGGUUUUAAAGACGGGUUGUGGGUCCUUGGGGCAUGUUGUCUGUAUUAUCGUAUGGGAGACUGGUGGCCAGGGCGGUCCUUGGAGGACUCUCUCAAACCGACGGUCGAGAUUACAGUUUGGUCACCGCGAGUUAUGGGUUCGGAAAGGACUUCCGAAAGGGGAUCCUGAAGAAAGGGAUGUGCUACGGGGACGACGCCUGCUUCAUAGCGCGGCACAAAGCGGCCGAUGUGUUGGGUGUGGCAGAUGGCGUCGGGGGUUGGCGUGACUACGGCGUGGACCCCUCCCAGUUCUCCGCCACCCUGAUGCGGACGUGCGAGCGGCUGGUAAAGGAGGGGCGCUUCGUGCCCAGCCAGCCCGUGGGCAUCCUCACCUCGGGGUACUACGAGCUCCUGCAGAACAAAGUCCCGCUGUUAGGCAGCAGCACGGCCUGCAUCGUGGUUCUGGACCGGCGGAGCCACCAGCUCCACACGUGUAACCUGGGCGACUCGGGCUUCCUGGUGGUGCGGGGCGGCGAGGUGGUGCACCGGUCGGAUGAGCAGCAGCACUACUUCAACACCCCCUUCCAGCUCUCCAUCGCCCCCCCUGGGGUGGAGGGGGUGGUGCUCAGCGACAGCCCCGACGCUGCCGACAGCGCCUCCUUCGACGUGCAGCUGGGCGACAUCAUCCUGACGGCCACCGACGGCCUCUUCGACAACAUGCCCGACUACAUGAUCCUACGGGAGCUCAAGAAGCUCAAGACCACAAACUACGACAGCGUCCUGCAGACGGCAGAAAGCAUCGCCAAGCAAGCGCACGACCUCGCCUACGACCCCAACUACAUGUCCCCGUUUGCACAGUUUGCCUGCGACAACGGACUGAAUGUACGAGGUGGGAAGCCAGAUGACAUCACGGUGCUGCUGUCCAUUGUUGCAGAAUACACAGACUGAGUGCUGUGUGUGCGUGUGGGCAUGGGCAUGUGUGACCCCUUGUGUCCUUCCUUCUACUUCUUUGGCCAAGUCGACCCCCUUCCCCCCCCACACACACAAACACACGCACACACUGCCCUGCGCCGGGUCGAAGGUUCACCGCGCUCCUGAGCGGGGAAGGGGGGGGAAAGGGCAGCUAAGGCCCCUUCAUGUGGAUCAUGACGGAACAGCCGAUGGACAGUUCUCUGUAUCCUCUGAUGGUUAAAGGGCUUAACGUUAGCGGAGCCCUCAGUUAUACACAACGGUACUGUAACCACCCCACAGCUGCAGGGACGCCCAGCGAGCAGGUCAUUAUGCGAUGCUGCUCGCGAUACUCUUUGGCUUGUGUGUGCGAAUGCUGUCAGGUAUACAUGGGUGUGUUUCGGUUCGCAAGAGAGGUCGAUGGCGAAGAGUGGAUGUUGUUCUGUCGUGUUGGAAGACGUUUCUGUGGCUGAGUGAUAUGUUUGAUGUGAUGGCCCAUCGUCACAUGGGACAUGGUGGUCUGCAGGUUCUCAAGAAUUUGGAAAGAAAUGGGUGGCGUGAUGGAUCUGUCUCUGUUGUUGUCGCUGAAGUUGUGUCAUUUCUGUGUCAUAAAGUAAUUGUGUAUGCGUGGCAUUUGAUCUGGAAAGAUGAAGAUGUUUCUUAAAGGUUGGGUAUGGAAUUCUCUUUUUUGGCCAUUUUUGCAAAAUUACUUGAAAUCCUUAUCAUAACCCACUUACAGCCGCUGAGUUAGAAGUACUGGCAUGAAAAUUAAACAAGUCAAUCAUCUGUGGAACGAGCAGGGCUCGAAAAACUCCAGCCAAUGAUUUCCAGACCCACCGAGUGGCAUCUGACAGUAAGUACGUCAAUCAAAUGGUUGUACUGCACUCCCCCCGCGCGUGACCCCUUCGUGCACGUACUCAAAGCUCGUGACCCAGAGCAAGCUUCUGUUUGUUGUUACCCUGCGGUAGUUACUGGAGCUAGCUAACUAGCUAAUGGUUCACUCGUGCAUGAUUGCGAGUCCAUGUACUUGGAAUGGGUGGAGUCAGAGUCAUCGUUGAAGGAGAGGGGGUAGGACCAUUUGAGUUGGGUAUUUUCAAAAUCUGCUGGCGUUUCGCAAAUGCCAUACCCAACCUUCAAGGAUUAGGAGAGAGAGGGAUAAGGGCGAGUGAGUGUUUGUAUGGGUAGCUAGCUAGUAUUUCCCCAACAGCUCCAAAUUGUCUUGUCUAAACAUAUUCAAUAGCUCCUGCCAUUGAAUAUAUUAUUAUUAUAUUGAAAAGCGCCUGCUAUAGAAGCUCUCAUCUGGUUUGUCACUAGGUUUAUGAACUGUCAGUCUUUCCCUAAGUUGUACAUAUUGUUUUUGUUGUGUUUUCUCUUCUGGCCUUACCAUGUUUGUUUUGGUGUAAAGCAUUAUUACAUACUGUUGUGAAUGACGUACACAUGCAACAUUUGCAUCUGUAAAAUGAACGGUUGACUAUGGAAGUAAGCUUCAUAAAUCUCUCGCUUCCAUCGGCAGAAAUGAACAAUUUACUUAGCAUGACUGAUUUAGGAUAUGUCGUAGAGGGGAUGUUAGAUUUUUGUGGGUGGGUGAGUGUGGCCAAUAUGUGGUAAAGUGCAACAUUGAAUGUGUGGGUAUAUGAUGUACGUUUGAUGUUUGCUAUCCAACGAUGCUAAAGCUAGCAUCUGGAAAUGCUACGACUGCAAUUAUAGGUCAGGCCUGAAUUAAAAUACAGUUUUAUUUUUGUAAGUGUUAUUUAGUUGUAAGAGUGACUAUUGGAAGCCAUUAGCUUCUCACAGUUGGAUGGAUGACUAAACAGAAAUCCUAUCUCAACACAAACGAGAUAAAGAAGUAGUUUCCUAUUGUUUUGGUUAUUUCUUUUGGUUAUGAAUGUAAUUCUCGCUGCGUCUUUUUACUGUAACUUAAAUUUCUCACUGCAGCGUACAUUUAGACUUGGUUCUCUUGAUUUGCGUGAGUGUAUUUAAAAGCAUGUACCAGAAUUGACACGAAUCAAAGACAAGAAUAACCCAGUUCUGAUAUUGGCAGUCCAUCUCAUUUGUUUUAACAGUCACCCGGGUAUUAUUCCAGAUGUCAUCCUUAAACCAUGGCCACACCAAAGACAGACUUCAUUUGCAUAAUUCCAUUAAAUAUUUGAAAAACACAGUUUAGCAAUACAAUUAAUUUCACUUGAAUACGAUAAUAUUGCUGGUAGCUGCAGCUUGUUUGUGUCCCAGUCGGGCUCCCCUGCUUGUGAAGUGACCCAGUUAGCGCAUCUGUUCAAUGUUAAUGCUGACUAAUCUACAAAGCCGGUUUAAACAAACCAAAGAAAGAAAGCCAUAUACAGCAUGUAAUUAGAAAAACUGUGCUACACAUCUCGCUACCAAGGGUGUUCACCAGAUGUUUAGAGACCAAUAGUGCCACUGUUGUUGACACUAGAAAUAAUUUCAAAAGGCCAAUAGCUAAGCCCGCCGCCGCCGUGUCCCGGAUGCAACAGUGUUGUCCAGAUGUGCAGCAUGCAACAACAUGGGGAGAUCAACACGUAUAUUUUUAUAACAGUCUACUUGUGACUGAAAAUGGUUCUUGUAUCCAUAAUCUUAUGCUUUACUUGUUUUUCUCUUUUGUUCCCCCCUUAAUUUCUUUUUUACUUUAGUUUUGCAUGAUUUCUUAACUACAUGAAAGCAUUACCUGUUACAGCUUGACUCACUGUAUGAUUCCUGUCUUAUGAUACUGUCUUCUUGAUUAACAAUGUUAAUUUACAUUGAAUUAUGGGUGAAAUACUCAGUGUGUUUGUAUGUGUGUGGUGGGGAAAAUGGAUUGGCCAUGAGCAGUGACAGUCUUCACACAGGGGGUUGUAACUGAACAAGGGGGAGCUUAGCCUUAACUGCAGACCUAAACUAAAAACAUGCCUUUUUUGGCCCAGGUUGAUGUAAUUGAGAUCUGCCCACCUCGCUCUUGUGUAUAGAACAGUUUAAAAGGUGCUUUUGCUUGACCUCCUUCCAGAAAGCGAUGUUUGUGUGUACAAAAGAUAUGCGUGUGUGUAUACAGUGUAACAAUACAGGUCUAAUGUAUGUAAAUAUGUUUUAAAAGAUGUAAAAUAUUUAAAUAAAGAGUCUAGUAUUUAUACUAA